AUGCCAUUAGCAGGGUUUUUGGUCUACUUAUUAAUAGCUUUGCCCUUGCUCGUUCUGUUGGCAGAGUUUUGGAGGAAGCAACUUGGCUGGGCCAGAUUGGAGCGGCAAAAAAUCCUCUCCCUGUCUGCAGAGGCUGAUGAUGCAAUCUGGCAUCUGGCCUCACUGGCACGGAGGAGGAUGCAAGAAAGGGACGAGGCCAGGAACCAAGCGAGGAUGCUGCUAUUGGACCUCCAGGCAAGAAACGCCCGGGUGAUGGCGCUUCCCGGGACAUCGUGCUCCAGAGUUGCACGACCGCCUGAUGCGUUCGCCGCCACCGGCUACGAGCACAACCAGGCCCUUGCUCCUACCGCGUUCAGGCCUCUGGGAAGUAGCAGUACGAUGAUGCAGGGGCAGCGUGCCCGUGCAGGAACUGGCUACCGCGUUGCGUCGUCCAGCGGCUUCGGCCACAGGAGCAUCGGUUCGUCUCUGGACGCCUACGCUGUUCUGCCGUCUCUACAUGGCUUCGCUUCCUCGAGCCAGGAUCACUUUGAUCCUGACAUGUUCCUGGUGGACGUUGCAGAAUCGCCGCAAGAUCUCGUUCCGCCUUUAAACGUUCAUCAGGUUAAACUGUUUUCACCUAUCCAGGGGUUUCAGGGCCUCCUGAACAGACUGCAACUGAAGUAUAGGACAGGAUGUUUGUUUUUUCAGAGUAGAAAACUUUGUGCCGUGUUCAGAGUUCGGAUCAGAAUCUGGGUACCAAGCUGGACGGGCUCCAAAGCUGGGUGGUUGCAUGACCGGAUACGUGUGGUGGCGGCAAGCUUCUUUGUUAAUGUCCUUAAACUUCCAUGGAGAUGGAGUAUGAAGUACUUUUGGGACACCUUACUGGAUGCUGAUCUUGAGAGCGAUGCACUGUACAUCACUGGCUCUCUUCCUGAUAGCCGAGAGCUUGACCGCAUUGACAACCCUCAGGCUACAAGCUCGAUCUGCAUGGGGAGUAUGUGCGACGGUGGGUUCCUGAACUUGCAAGGCUGCCGACAGAAUGGAUACACCACCGACCCAUUGGAUGCACCCGUUUCCGUGAUGCAAGCUGCAGGAAUUGAGUUGGGCUCCAACUAUCCCCUCCCCAUUGUUGAGCUAGACGCAGCCAAACUCAGGCUGCAAGAAGCUCUGUCAGAAAUGUGGCAGCUGGAGGCAGCAUCAAGGGCCUCAAUGAACAAUGGAAUGGAGGAAGGCCUCGGCGACUCGUCAGAGGUUCCACCGAUUGAGUUUCCUCAAGAAUUACACAUGGAAAUUGAUCGGCAGACAGUCCAGGCGACGACCAAUGUCCCGGUACUAGGAGGCACGAGGAUCAGAUGGUGCCUACCAUGA